GUCUUGUGUUUAAAUCGUACAUAGUUUGUUAGAGUGACAAACCAUGUCAAAGAUAAUUAAUUGGUAAGUUUGGAUUCCCAUCGGGUGUUUCGGGACGAUGUUCCACAAUUCUUCGAAAGUUGGGCACAGCGACAAUGCCCAGCGAAACUCAACGAUUGUAGACAUGAGCUCUGGACAAAUUCCCGGAAAAUCCAUAUACGAUGAUAUGACAGACACAUGUGAAGCAGAAGAGGUGAUUGAAAAUGACGACAUGGAGGUUCGGUCUCACGAUGAACAUCAGCCGGACAUUAAUCUCAGACAUGAUCAAGACUUCAAUUCUCUGGAAGGUGUUACUGCUAUAGAGAAUGAUAGUUUAUCCGUUAUUGAAGCUGUGCAAUCGAAUGACGAAAUCGAAGGGACAUCAGAGAAAGAAGAUUAUAAUAUACAGGUCCUCAACGAAAUGCAGGUAGAGGAUAAUAUAAUGCUUAAAGAAGAUGAAGAUGAAAAUGAUCAGCUUUUUUAUCGCAAGGAAUUCCUAAGGAGAUACCUCAACACUAGUGAUUCGGAAGAGACCGAUGAAGAGGAGUCUGAAAAUGAUGCACAAGAGGGUGAUGUUCAAGAAAAUCCUACUGUGCGCUAUAAAGUUUCUCAAUGUGCAACAUUUGCUGGAUUAAAAAUUUUGGAAUGCUUCGAAGGAGUGAAAGUGAAAGCUGGACAACGAGUCGUUCGAGGCAGAGACUGGGAGUAUGGGGACAAUGACGGAGGAGAGGGAAAUAUCGGAACGGUGACGCAUGUUAACCAGGAGACAGUCAAUGUUCAAUGGGAUUCGCAAGAGACAUCAUUUGAAUAUCGGAUAGGGAAAGAUAAAAAAUUCGAUCUGAGGUUGUACGAUAAUGCCCAAACAGGCGUAAAACAUGUACGUUUUGGGUGCGAUGAAUGUUAUGAAUCCCCUAUUAUUGGAAUGAAGUGGCGAUGUCGACAGUGUGAAGACUACGACCUUUGUACAGACUGCUACAUGGAAAACGAACAUGAUGUAUCACAUGUUUUUGAGAGAAAACAGGAGAAUGAGUCAAUAAGUGUAGAGUUAGGUCCGCGUAAAUACAUGGAACCUGUUUCAGCUAAAGGAAUACUCAACUAUGCCGAUGUCAAGUUACGAAGUGUUCCUGAAAAUGGACAGACUGGUGAGUAUAUACAAAUGUAG